UAGCGCCAAAUGAAAGAAUAUUUCUCUUUUUUCCCCAAAAAAACAUUUCUCUAUGGGAGGUACUCUCCAUCGUCAAUUGAUUACACAGUGGGAGGCAUUCAACCUUAGGAACUCCGGUCAUUGCUACACAAGUAUCCGACAGGACAUUGCCUUCCUAGCUCCCAGGUCCUAGCUCGAGUGCGCCUCAACUUGCUUGACUCGGGCGAUUGUUGGAGCUUUCAAGGUAGCGGUUGGACAUUCAUGCGUCCGAAGAUUUCAAAGGCCACUAGCGGCAAUACCAUCUUCAAUGGUUGGGUUAGAAUCCCUAACCGAAGGGUUGGAGGACUUUGCUUUUGAGGACUACCUGAAUGAUCCUAAGGAUUCUGAGAGCUUUCGUCCAGUUGACAUGCAUCAUGGUGUGGAAGUGCACCUUGGGCUUUCUAAGGGACCUGUGUGUGCCAGUUUCAUUUGAAUCAUUUGCAAUUAAUCAACACCUGGUCAUAUGUCUUUGAUGGGAAGGUUAAUUAGCUGAUUUGGAAUUUAUCCUGAAAUUUGUUUUAAUUCAUCGGCAGAUAGCUGCUGCUGUUUCACAAUCAGCUAGGUCAAUCAUCUCACGAACAAAACUUUGCUUUCUAGUGUCCUCAAGGUGGUAACAUUCUGUUUUACCUUUCUGUUGUUGUGGUGGGGUUGGUAUAAAAGCAUAACAUAAUACAAGGUUAAUAUUUACAUAAACUACGUUUCUUUUAAAUAAAUAGGUGGUGAUCUAAAACGCUCUCGCAGUUUAUUUACUUUGACGUUUAUCUUCUAUCACCAGGGAUUAUAUAAGAACUUCACUAGGGAUUUUUUUUCCUUGUCAAAACAAUCCGGGUUGAAGUUCUUUUAUAAUACUGUAGAUGGGGUCUGUCAGGAGCAUCUUUGUCUUACCUUCAUAUAACCUUUGUGUCACACAUAGGAAUAAACUAAAGCUACACAUUUUUGCUUGAUAUAAAAUUGCUUGUUAUUCAGUAGCUGCAAGUAUGAAGCUUCAACCUGGGCACCAGUUGAAUCCUUUUAACAUUAUGGCUUCCAAACAGUUGAUUUGUUUGUUUACUGCACAGUUUGAACACUUUUGUUUGGUAUGAUUUUUGCUUCCACAAUACACCCUUGUGAUCUGACCCUUUUCCAGACCUCGCACAUAGCGGGAACUUUAAUGCACCGGGUUGCUCUUUUCUAUGGUUUUUGCUGUUACUAUGUUCUAUUGCUUUGACAUUAUUAUUCAAAUGCUAUAUAUUCAUUAGCAUUUAGUAAGUGCAUUAUAGCUCUGUUAGGUGCUUGUUUAAGGUUAGCCUUAUUCAAUUUUUUUUGGUGCAGAAACUGCAGUUUUUUUCUUGACGUGUUUUAACCCGAAUACAUAUCUACCAAAAUUAGUGCAUCUAAAAUGUUACAAAGUCGCUGGAAUCUCAAGUUUCUAAUAUUAGAUCUUUUUGUCGGGUUAUGACCGCUAGUUUCCACAAGUAUGGGGAUAAGUUUUUUCCUGGAACUGCUGAUAUGAAGGUAUGUUUCAUGAGAGAUUGUUCAAUGUGAUACUCUUUUCUAUGGGUCCUCCUAAUUUAAUGAGAUUCCUUCAGUCAUUUUCUACUGUCAAAGAUGCAGGUAGAUAAAAUGAUAGCGACAACAGAUUAUUUGGGGCAGCUCGUUAGCAACAACAACAACAAACAACAAUAAUAAACCAUGGUUCUAAAGACAGAACUCUGCCAUUUCUGUGGUGCCAAGAUAUACUCAGUGAGGGGCAUCAGAUUUAUUCGUGCAGAUUCUCAGGUGUUCUUGUAUGCCAACUCAAAAUGCAAACACUACUUCCACAACCGCCUGAAGCCUUCGAAGCUUACAUGGACAGCCAUGUACAGGAAGCAACACAAGAAGACGUGCCACAAAGAAGCCUUAGUUAAGAAGGGGAGACGCGCCACAAAGAAGCCUUACUCUAGGUCCAUUGUGGGUGCAACCUUGGAGGUAAUCCAGAAGAAGAUAGCUGAGAGGCCAGAAGUUCGUGAUGCUGCUCUUCGUGAAAUCAAGGAAAGAAUCAAGAAGACCAAGGAUGAAAAGAAGACGAAGAAGGCAGAAGUGAUGGUUAAGUCACAGAAAGCUGGAGGUAAGGGUAACCUGCAAAAGGCAGGAUCGAAAGGCCCUAAGCUUGGUGGCGAUGGUGGAAAACGUUAAGCUAAUGUUCAUGUUGUUUUCUAAGUAGUACUUAGAGUGUAGCUAUUCUGAUCUACCAACGUUUAGCGCGCUCUGAAACAACAUAUUUCUGAAUUUUGGUCUUGUUUUUAAAUAUGCAGAUUGUUGUAUUUUUGUUUCGUUAUGAUAAUUAUAAUCUUGUUCCAUUAUGAGGAAAAAAAGAUAGAUACAACAUAACAGAGGGAUUGAAGGAUUGUAAAUGUUAGUUUUGUAGUUCACAAUUGGGUCAAAAGAGAUCAUUUUUGCUUCA